AAGCGGUGAAGGUACAAACAAAGCGCGCCCUCCGCCCCUUCCCCCAGCGCCUCCCCGCCUAUAUCAGCCCCUGGCCUGUGGCUGUGGUAGCGCUGGACGGGUGGGAACGGACGCGGCCUGGGGAGAUCGCGAGUAGCAGCCGUUUGUUUGCGGCCGGUUCUUCCUCGGCUUCACCGUGGCUGUGGCGCUUGGCGGCAGUUAGGCGGGGAGUGGCCGUUUACCGGUGAGGUAACACCACAAUUUGAGGCUUAUUCAUUGAAAUAUAUUUUCCAGGAUGAAGUAGACAAACAACAUAGGGUAUAAUUUAUAAGUAAUGACAAUUCAUUUGUCUCUAGAUGCAUAUUUGCUCUUUGUGAUUAACCCAAAAAGUCUUUGGUGGAAGCAAAGAAACAAGUACCUGUGUUUGUAUAGACCUAAAAUCUGCUGGAGGAUAAAUCAUGCCAUUCAUCUUAGAUUUUUUCACACCGGUGAGCCUCAGUAUAAAUGGGCCAAAAGCAGAACAUUGUGGUAUAGCAAACACAUUUUCAGUCGUGACUUUUUGUAUUACAGAGUUUCUAAACUUUUGACUUCUUCUUCCAAAGGACUUGCAAAAGUGAACAAUCGCAUGUCACGAAUUAGGAAUACUAUAGAAUCUGUUUCAAAGGCAGUGUCUGGCACUCACAGUGAACUGGUUUCCCGAAUAGCUCGUUUAAAGUCACACUCAGGUACUCUAGGAAAGGAUACUAAAAGUAAUGCAGAUGAAAAUAACCUCAACGUGAAUCUGGAAAGUGGUAAACAAGUCUCAGGUGCCAGAACUCAGGAGGAUUGCAACACAGGCCUAGCUGCCAAGCAAUCCAGUAACACAAAGGAAAACUUGGAGUUUGUGUUAAACAGUACGAGUGGCGCUAAUCAAGAUAUUCCAGAAGAUUCAACAUCUGCUAAAAACCACCUUUUUCAUAUAAGCUACCUUUCUACAAGUUUUGGAGAGACUUAUAACUUUGUUGCUGAUCAUAUCAACUGGUACUUCAGUAAUCUUUCUGUUAUGGAUCAAGAGAAGAAGAGGAAUGCUUUGUUAAAAGGCUCUAAAAGUGAAGCGAAGCUUGAUUCAUCAGAGAGUACUGUAAUUAGUGAAGAAGCAGUGAAUUCGGCAGCUCCUUUAGCUCCUGAAACUGAGACUCAGGGUGCUGAGAAGUCAAAUGCCACUCUUCCAGUUUCCACUAAAAAAAGUAUUGCGAACUUUCUUUCAUAUCCCAGUAACAGUGUACAGGCUUUUGUAGACAGUUACAUUGGUGGAUUGGUUCCCAAGUUAAGAUCGGAUACAAAAGUUGCUGCACAGGAAAAGAGUAAACAGCUAGAGCAAGAAGGGUCUGAGAAGGAUGAGGAGGAUGAAAUCAAAGAGACUAACAUUGCAGAAGAGAGGGAAAAACAUCUGUCCCUUCAGAGAGAAAAGAUCAUAGCAAGAGUGAGUAUCGAUAACAGGACUCGAGCAUUAGUUCAAGCCCUGCGAAGAUCCUCAAAUCGAAGAGUCUGUAUCAGCAGGGUUGAAGAACUGACUUACCAUCUUCUGGAAUUUCCAGAGAGCAGAGGAGUUGCAAUUAAGGAAAAGAUAAUCCCAUGCCUACUGCGAUUGAGACAAGCAAAUGAUGAAAGUCUUCAGGCUGCUGUCAGGGAGACUUUGGCAAUAAUUGGAUAUACAGAUCCAGUGAAAGGCUGGGGAAUUCGAGUCCUUGCUAUUGAUGGAGGAGGAACAAGGGGUUUAGUUGCACUUCAAACACUACGGAAGCUAGAAGAACUUACUGGAAAGCCAGUUCAUCAUCUUUUUGACUACAUUUGUGGUGUAAGCACAGGAGCUAUAUUAGCUUUUAUGUUGGGGUUGUUCCAUAUACCUCUGGAUGAUUGCGAAGAAUUAUAUCACAAGUUGGGAUCCGAUGUUUUUAAGCAGAAUGUUAUUCUUGGAACAGUUAAGAUGGGUUGGAGCCAUGCCUUUUAUGACAGUGAUAUCUGGGAAAAAAUGCUCAAAGAAAAAAUGGGCUCAAAUCUAAUGAUUGAAACUGCACGAAAUUCUAAAUGUCCAAAGGUAGCUGCAGUAAGCACCAUUGUAAACAGAGGAACACCACUGAAAGCAUUUGUUUUUAGAAACUACAAUCACUUCCCUGGGGUUAAGUCUCAUUAUAUCGGAGGCUGUCAGUAUAAACUGUGGCAGGCCAUUAGAGCAUCGUCAGCUGCACCAGGGUACUUCCAGGAAUAUGUUUUGGGCAAUGAUCUUCAUCAGGAUGGAGGCUUGCUUCUAAAUAAUCCUUCUGCACUGGCAGUUCAUGAGUGCAAGUGCCUUUGGCCAGAUGUUCCACUGCAGUGUCUGGUGUCGCUGGGUACUGGCCGAUACGAAAGUGCAGGGAAGACAAAUGUCACAUACACCAGUUUGAAAGCCAAACUCACAAACGUUAUCAGCAGUGCAACUGACACAGAAGAAGUUCACACCAUGCUGGAUGCGCUGUUACCACCAGAUACUUAUUUCAGAUUUAAUCCUCUGAUGAAUGAAGACAUACCUCUGGAUGAAAGCCGGAAAGAGAAACUCAGUCAGUUGCAGACAGAUGGAAUUCGCUAUUUAGAACGAAAUGAAGAAAAGCUGAAAAAAGCUGCAAAAAUACUAACACAAGAAAAAUCAACUUUACAGAAAUUUCACGAUUGGAUAAAAUUAAAGGCUGAUAUGUAUGAAGGGUUUCCUUUUCUUUCCAAAUUGUGAAUACCUAAUGCAUGAAACUCUGUAAAUGUAAAUCUUAUUUCAGAAAACUCAUUCAGUACUGUAGAGGAACAGUGUCUGUUGUGAGUGAACAACAUCUUUGGAAGCUGUCCAUAGAGCUCUGGUGCAAGGAUGGCUGUCUUGUGCACGCUUACCUUGAUAUCAAGUUUUACGGUGUUAAUUAUUAUUUUAGAACUUUAGGGAUCUUACUGUUGUUCUUAUUCAAUUUGUUGAAGUCAGUAAAACUGAAAAUUAUGAAAACAAUGCAUUUUUCAAUGUACCAUAUUUAUCGUUGGAGCAAGACUCGGUCAGCCGCCAGGCUCAUUGAAAAUAAACAAAUUAAUGACAAAUAAAAUCCUCAUUCACCUUACGGUAGGCAGCAUACUUGUUAGGCUCUUACAUAGCCAGUGAAUUUAAUAGAAAUGAAACCAAAAACAAAGAGAAACGUUGCUUGUGUUAAUUGUACUUUUGAAUUUCAAAGAUAACAUCUAAAUUCUUUUUCUUUUCAAUGGUUUUUGUACAUAACUAUUCAGUAAGAUGUUUGGAUGACUAUAAAUGGCAUAUUAAAUUAUGAAGAUUAACUGAUA